AUGUCCGACAACUCUGGGCCCGGGGUUCGCAACCUGCUUGCCAGGUUCGAAAGCAGCAGCCCAAACACCGUCGCCUCCCCGCCAUCGCGUGGCCGAUCCCCUAUCGGGUCCGAUGCUUCGGGCUCGACCAGACAACUUUCCAGAGUCCGAGCAAGUUUUGUGAAUGUGGAUGGCGCGCUUCAAUCCAACCAGGCCUCGCCCUUGAGAAAGGCAAGUGGACGAGGCGACGGCGCGACCGACCUAUUCGGUCCCAAAAUAGGGAGCGGGGAUAGUGUUGUGUCUGGCCGGGACAGUGUCGCGUCUCCCACUCCAAGUGGUGGCCAGGACAGCAUCCAGAAGCUGUCUCCCGAACUGCGUGCAAAGCAAACACCCGAAAAUUCUGCCCAGAAUGGUGCUAGCAAAGAAGAUCUCCCUGCUCCAGCUGCCGAGGCGAUUUCCAAGGAGAAAGAGCUCCCGAUUCGACAGAAGGAGUCUACCACGGCAUCGGGACCUUCUACUGAGAAGCUGAGCGCACCUUCGCAGACCGUCAAGAAGCGCCCAUCCACGAUCGGCUCCACCAAAACGAGUACAGCGACCAAACAAGCGACUCCCGCCGCGACCUCGACCACCGCAAAAGCGCCCAGCGCCAGCAAGCCUCCCUUGCCUCGAGAAACUGCCAAGGAACGAACCACCGCUCCCGUUCGCAAGCCAAGUCGUGCUUCGCUCAACCCAGCGACAAAACCGACUGCGCGGUCAACUCGAGGCGGUACUCCUUCGCAGGAAACUGCAAAGCCAACAACGCCCAGCAGUCCUCCCUUUGUCAAGCCUCGCCCCAAGUCACCAACGAAGCCUGUGCGUUUGCCCGCUUCGAUGACAGCCUCAACCCAGGCUUCAGCGGCCAGGCUGGGGAACUCACCUCCCUCGACCAGCCGAACCAGCUCAACUCUCGCCAGAAAACCUUCGACUCUCAAAACUGCAUCCGGGCCGCCGCGAGCAAAGACGCCCACGGCAUCCUCUGUGCGCAGACAAUCGUCUCGUCCCUCGCUUGCUGCUCAACCAGCCGCUGAGCGACCAAGCUCUCGCGUCAGUGCUAAUUCUCGCGGUAGCGAUAUUGGUACUACCAAGCCAGUCAAUGACGGGUUCCUCGCGAGAAUGAUGCGACCCACUGCCAGUUCCGCCAGCAAGACCCUCGAUAAGCCCGAUGCAAAGGCUCCGGCCAGAGCCCCCUCCACGGCUAAGCCUCCCAGACCAUCGAUGGGAAAAGUUCCGGAUCGCAGUGCAUCUCAGUUGAAGCCAAAGCGCAGCACGACGCCACUUCGUCCUCAAAAUGAGAAAUCGCAGCCUGUGAAGAAGGACGUGCCAUCGCAAAAGGAGGAACCGAAGCCCGCCCGGCCUGCUCCCGAAAGCGAGAAGGAGAAUGUGGUUGAGCCUCCAGCGGUGAUUCCAGAGGAGCCUACGCCUGUGGCUGCCGAACCAGCUGUUCCUGAGAAGCCUGCUGCGCCUUUGGAGAAGGAGACCGCUGCUGCACCCACGGAACCACCUAUUCCGGAAAUUGCAGUGGAAGGUGCUGCAGAGCCCAUCGCUGAACCAAGUGAACCAGCACCCGAGCCUGUUGCAGAGUCUCUGGUCGAAACUGCUUCGGAGAAGCCGGUCGAGCCAGCUGUCGCGGACACCCCUGCGGCGGCUCCUGCAGAGCCUCAAAUUGAGACCGUGGCUGAGCCUGUUCCUGAACCUUCUGUUGAGCCUUCGACCGAAGCUCCUGUCGAGCCGAGUGCGAACGAGCCCGAAGAGCAAGCUGACAAGCCUACAACCGCGACGGAGGCAGUGGAGGAGAAAUCCGUUCCCGCACUUGUUGAAGAGCCUGUCCAGGAACCAGUUCAGGAGUCAACCCCAGUCUCGGAGUCCACCGGCGAUGCGCAGACCGCCACCAUCGAAGAGCCCGAAGCCCUCAAACCCGAGUUAGAUGUCUCCGAGUCGCAAGAGCCUCAGUUCGGGGCUACUGGCGAUACUGUAUCAGGCUCAGCAACCAACGCCACUGUUCCUGAACCUGUCCCGGAGCCUGCAGAGACCAAGGGCAUUGACGACUCAGUGACGCAACCAGAAACCGAGAGCAAAGAACAUGACACCGUGCUCGACGUGACUGAUCUGACAGCGAACUAA